UUAGAUCAGUGGUUGCACGCUGGAAUUUGGUGCUUACCCUGCGGAGUAGCAACACAGUCAUUCACUUCCGGUAGCUGUGCUGUUUUUCCGGAAGUAGGUCUGCUGAUCAAGUAAACCAGAGAAAACAUUUCAAUAAUGAAUUUAAAGCUGUGUGCAGUGUUAUCAAUUUUCCUGGCCAUCUGCAGAACAUGUGCAGGACUUCGCUGUCAUCUCUGCAGCCAUAGCAAAUCGUGGGACUAUUGCGAGCGGUAUGGCAGCACAGUGUCUUGCCCUUCGUCGUCAUCGAAGAUACCGAUGUGUUACAGUCUGAAAAAGCAUAAAGACUACUUGAAUAACACCAGAGAUUACUACUUCUCAAGGGGGUGCAUCUACAAGGAUCAUUGCACAGUUCCAUACAUGUGCACUAACAAAGACGAAUGUCAAUUAAUUUGCUGCACUGAGAACCUGUGCAACGGAAGUCCGAUGGCAGGUGAAUAUGGAACAAAGACCCUUUGGAUGCUAAUGUUGUCUGUUGUUGCAUCUUUGUUUUCAAUUGAAAUGUUGAAUUAGCGACACUCUCAACUGUGUUUGGAAAUUUAAGCACUGAUAUUACUGUAUCGUCGAUUUGACAGCUGCUUAAGCUCGUUUUGAGAUUUUUUUAUACGAAUCGCUGAGAGGGGCAGCCUUUAAGGGAGAAUUAGUGAGGGCUCGAUAUGUUCUUCUUUCUGGCUUUCGGUAUUAAGUAGAUUACAUCGAAAUUUGGUCAUUUUAAUUUGUCCUUAUAAAUCGUUUUUGGCAAUUGUUUGUCAAAAUGUUCUCAUUUGUACUAGUGGAGCAAGGCUUAGUAUCCACACUCCUAUACAUUAGCAUCUACUUUUUGUCUGUUUACUCUGUAUUCGUAAUUAGUCUACCUAGUUUUAGUAAUCUUUCUUUCUAUCCUUGUUUAAUGUUGUGUGUUUUUAUGUAUCGACCAUGGGGUAGUCAUUGUCUUUCGUUCCUCAUGGUAUCGUCCCCGUAGUGUAGUACAGUUAUUAGGUAGUAUAGUCAAUGUAAAAUUGCAUUGUUAUUAAUUCCUAUGAAAAAAGGCU